CUGCAAUACUGCAGCUAAUGUCCUACAAAAUGCUUAACAAGCAUGCCCAUGUGGGCAGGGCGUUUGGCCGCAGUGUGGGCAAAGGUUCACGGGGGUCAUUCCGUGUUAUGGCGUCUGCUUCGCCAUUGAGUUUUUCCAAGUAUCAGGGCUUGGGGAACGAUUUCAUCUUGAUUGACAACCGGCACAGCAGUAAUCCAGUGGUCACUCCAGAGCAAGCUGUUAAGAUAUGUGACCGCAACUUUGGUGUCGGUGGCGACGGGGUGAUCUUUGCUCUCCCACCUGUGGGUGAUACGGACCUUACCAUGCGUAUCUUCAACUCGGAUGGUUCUGAGCCGGAGAUGUGCGGCAAUGGCAUCAGGUGUCUUGCCAAGUUUGUUGCGGACGUCGACAAGGCGGCGCCACGCAAAUACAAGAUUCAUACGCUUGCGGGACUUAUUCAGCCGGAGCUCCUUGCCGAUGGCCAAGUCCGUGUAGACAUGGGGGAGCCUAUCCUAGAGGGUGCCAAGGUCCCCACGACGCUGGCGCCAACCCAGGGCAGCACAGUUGUGCAACAAGAUUUAAUAGUUGACGGGAAAACUUACAAAGUUUCAUGCGUCAGCAUGGGCAACCCGCAUGCGGUCAUCUACAGCUGCGACGGUGACACGAUCAAGAUUGACGACCUUGAAAAGGACUUGGCGGUUUUGGGUCCCAAGUUUGAGCGCAACGCUGUGUUUCCAGCCCGGACAAACACCGAGUUUGUGGAGGUGGUCAACCGAUCCCAUGUUCGCAUGGUGGUCUGGGAGCGCGGCGCCGGACGAACGCUGGCUUGCGGCACGGGUGCCUGCGCUCUCGUUGUGGCAGGUAUCUUGGAAGGCCGAGUGGAUCGGGAGAAGACGUGCCGAGUGGACCUGCCCGGGGGGCCCCUUCAAAUUGAGUGGAAUACCGAGGACAACCAUAUCUACAUGACGGGUCCGGCUGAGCUGGUUUUCAACGGAGCACUUCGCGUUUAGUCGAACGGAAUAAAAGUUACUUUUUGAUGUCUUGUGUUGGGUUUACCUGUUGUGCAUGGCAGGACGAUGAUGUGUUCCGGGCGGAUCGCAGUUCCUUGCACGACAUGGCUUUUUUUUAUUUUUACUUGACAGGUGAUUCAUUUGGGAAAUGUGGCAUGUGUUUGAAGACCAGCGAAUGCUCUGCUAUAUGCAGAUAGUUCCUCCUGCGUUUCUAGACGUACGCCUAGCUGUCGACUUCGUUCACGGUCGAAUUUUGUUCAUUUAUUAGUCGAGCCACGAGCCAGACUCUACAAUUCGCCAUUGUCAUGUCGUAUGUCGGUUGGCGAUGGUGGUUGUGAUCUGGUGAUUUUUGCAGGGCUGGCUGUCCAUUCCUCGGACAGCUGGACGCUUUCCCUAGUAGCACACACUGUGGGUGUCUUGUCUACAUCAUGUGGCUUGUCGCAUAUGCAUGAACUUGCCCUGAGCGAACGUACUUAGUGUGAUGAAAUUCUGGAGGCUGACGAUGUACGGCGAAGAUGUCGAUAUUCAAGUGCCUAGUUAUCAAACAGCAAGGGACGUAGGAAAUGAAAUUCCACGUCUGAUUAAAAUGGCGUGAUUUACGGUUGUGAGAUGCGACCUAACAAUAUGGACAGCCUGGCUCUAAAUGCUCUACCGAGGGAAUCGUGAUUAUGUCUGCUGAACAGUUGUGCUGUUCAGUCAUACGACGUGGACGCUUUCGGAAUGCAAUGUGCGUACGGCCAUGUAAUAGACUGUGGUUCA